CCAGAGGAACUGGAAUCUAUAGCAGAGAUAUUAUAUCUAGUGCAUCGGCUGUCAUUAUCCAUCGUGCAGCUACAUAUUGCAGCUUUAAGUGCAGUGAAAUAAGUGGAGUGGCUAGCUAAGAGAUUUGACGUAUAAACGAAGAUCGAUUUUAGCAUCUGAUGGAUAACAUAAAUGAAAUUGCGUCGGAGGCCGCUCAGGCUGGUGCCGGCUCCGAGCUCGUCUCCCAUUUCGCCUUCGAGUUGGAUAACAGCAACGAAGGUGUACGUGAGAUACCCCAUGGCCCCAUCUCCGUGAGCGUGGCCACACGCACCUUCACUGACGAGGAGUUCGGCUAUGCCACCUUCCAGAUGCUGUUUGGGGAUACCGAUGAGGAGCUGCUGUCUCCUCAGCCGAAUAUGAUGAUGCACGAUGACGAUGAUCGCUCGGAAUCGCUCAAUACCCCCGAGCCGGCACCAACAGCCCCCAAUACCCCCAUCAAUUUCCCAGAAAUGGAUGUGGACAUGGACCUGCCGGUCAUCCCGGAAGUGGACAUGGAGCAGCAGCCACUUGACCAUGGCCAUGGCGGUGGUGCCAACGAUCCUUUCAUGGGAAUGAAUGACGGGCCCGAUUUUAUUUUCUUUACCAUUGCUCAAAUCUCUCGCUAUAUGUAGUCCUGAUUCGGAGAGUAGAAUUCAGUUGAGUAGCCAAAAUAGUAAUCAAAAUUUUAAACAAAAUUGUUGCCAUAUUAGCAGCCCAGUUUUAGAUACA